AUGUUGCGACCACAAGCCAACAGGGCUCGCGACCUCGUAUCACUAGACGGCGUUUGGAACUUUGCCCUCGCCAAAUCUCACGACAUUGAAACUGAGCAAGCAUGGACGAAGCGAAUCUCACCAGAGCUUCAAGUACCUGUUCCAGCCAGCUACAACGACAUCUUUGCCGACGAGACCAUCCGCGAUCACGUCGGCUGGGUCUACUAUCAGCGCCAAGCAGUUAUUCCCCGCGGUUGGGUUGCGCCUCAGCGUGUCUUUCUACGUGUAGAUGCAGCAACCCACCACGGUAGAGUUUACGUCAACGACAAAUUUGUCGUCGAGCAUAUCGGCGGCUAUACACCGUUUGAGAUUGAGCUUACUGGUCUUGUUGAACCGGGGUCGGAAUUUCGUCUUACCAUUGCUGUGAACAAUCAGCUCACAUGGGAGACGAUCCCGCCGGGUCGUAUUGAGGUGCAAAGCGAUGGUUCACGGAAACAGAGCUACCAGCAUGACUUUUUCAACUAUGCUGGAUUGGCCCGCUCUGUGUGGCUUUACUCGGCACCAAAGGUCUUUAUAAAUGAUAUCAGCGUCGUUACAGAUGUUCAUGAGGACGGAACCGGCAUUGUCGAAUUUGACAUCCAGACCUCUGGCGAACUUCAGGCUGACGCAAGAUGGCGCAUCCUGCUCGACGACGAAGAGGAUACGACUGUUUGUCGCGCCCAAGAGCCACAUGGGAAACUCGAGGUCAAAAACGCUAAAUACUGGGCGCCUGGUGCUGCCUACCUUUACCAACUCCGGGCUCAGAUUGUAUGCGGUGAACAGGACGAGAUCCUCGAUUCAUACAACCUUCACGUCGGCAUCCGUUCAGUCGAGGUCCGAGAUGGCCGCUUCCUCAUCAACGGAAAACCCUUCUAUUUUACUGGUUUUGGCAAACACGAAGAUGGCCCUGUUCGCGGACGUGGUUAUGACGCAUCUUACAUGAUACACGACUACCGUCUGAUGAAGUGGAUUGGAGCCAACUCAUUCCGAACCUCCCACUACCCUUACGCGGAGGAGGUCCUGGAGUAUGCCGACAGGCACGGUGUGGUUGUGAUCAACGAAACAGCUGCCGUUGGUCUUAACCUUAAUAUCGUCUCCGGAAUGUUUGGCAAUAAGCAGCUCGCCACGUUCUCCCCGGACACCAUGAGUAGCAAAACCCAGGCUUCACAUGAACAAGCUAUCCGUGAGCUUAUCAGCCGGGAUAAGAACCACCCUUGCGUCGUGAUGUGGAUGCUGGCAAAUGAGCCUGGGGCCAGCGAGCAGGGAAGCCGAGAAUACUUUGAACCGCUCGUUACCUUGGCGCGAUCACUGGACAGUCAGAAAAGGCCGAUGUGUUACUCCCACAUGAUCCACUCCAAGCCAGACACAGACCGCAUCGCAGAUCUGUUCGAUGUAGUAUGUAUGAACCGGUACUACGGGUGGUACACACAGACAGGAAACCUGAAAGCCGCAGAAGUUGCCCUUGAAGCUGAGCUGCGCAGCUGGCAAGAAGCAUACUCUUCUAAACCUAUUAUCAUGACCGAAUACGGUACAGAUACAGUCGCAGGUCUACACACUGUUUGCGAUGUGCCCUGGACUGAGGAAUACCAGGUUCGCUUCUUGGAUAUGUAUCAUCGAGUCUUUGAUCGCAUUGAUAAUAUCGUUGGCGAGCAUGUGUGGAAUUUUGCUGAUUUCCAGACAUCGGCUAUGAUUAUCAGGGUUGAUGGAAACAAGAAGGGUAUCUUUACUAGGGAUCGCAGGCCAAAGAGUGCAGCCCAUGCUUUGCGUGCUCGGUGGACUGGGCCUGUUGGACUUCGCAAGAUAAAUGUGGCCGAGCAAUAG